GUGUUCUGCAGGCAAAGAUGGCGGUGCGGAAGAAAGACGGCGGCCCGAAUGUAAAAUAUUUCGAAGCGUCUGAUACCGUCUCUCAGUUUGAUAAUGUGCGCGUCUGGCUGGGGAAGAAUUACAAAAAGUACAUUCAGGCUGAGCCUCCCACCAACAAGUCUCUGUCCAGCCUUGUGGUGCAGCUGCUCCAGUUCCAAGAGGAAGUGUUCGGUCGCCAUGUCAGCAAUCCCCCUCUCACAAAACUGCCGAUGAAGUGCUUCCUGGACUUCAAAGCAGGGGGCGCUCUCUGCCAUAUUCUGGCUGCUGCCUACAAGUUCAAGAGCGACCAGGGAUGGCGCAGGUUUGACUUCCAGAAUCCGUCUAGGAUGGACAGGAAUGUUGAAAUGUUCAUGACGAUCGAGAAAUCGCUGGUGCAGAACAACUGCCUGACAAGACCAGUCAUCUACCUGAGCUCUGAAAUUGAGCCGAAACUUCUGGGGAAGCUGAAAGACAUCAUUAAAAGACACCAGGGUUCUGUCACGGAGGACAAGACCUCCAGCUCCCACGUGGUGGUUCCCAUCCCCAGCAGCCUGGAGGAAGAGGAGUGGGUGCGUCCAGUCAUGAAGAGAGAUAAACAAGUGCUGCUCCACUGGGGAUAUUUUCCUGACAGUUACGACACUUGGAUCCCUGCCAGUGAGGUGGAGGCAGCAGUGGAGGAUCCGCCAAGUCCAGAGAAACCCAGAAAGGUCCAUGCUAAGUGGAUUUUAGACCUGGACCAGUAUAAUGAAUGGAUGAAUGAGGAAGACUAUGAAGUGGGAGAGGGCUGCCCAAAGAGGAAGAGGAUAUCAGCCAAGACACUGACAGAUGAGGUGACCACACCAGACGAGAGGAGGGAUAAGAAGCCUGCGAACGCCAAGAAGAGGAAGCGCUCCCCUUCACCGUCUCCCACUCCUCCGCCUCAGGAGAGCAAGAAGAAGAACACCAAAAAAGGGCCGACCACCCCGUACACCAAGUCCAAACGCGGUCAGAGGGAAGAGGAGCAAGAAGAUCUCAGUAAGGAUUUGGAUGAAGCGUCCCCUGUCCCGGCUUCUGAAGAGGGGAACCCAGCCAAAACAAAUAACACGAAGAAGGAGUCUGAUUCGACGCCGGUGAAGGGAGGAACAGACAUAGACGAACAAGAGGACGAGUCCAUGGAGGUGGCUGGGAAGGAGGAGGAAGAAGGUUCCCCGAGUGUGAAGGGCGAACCGGUGAAGACUUCUGACCUUCAUGAGGACAACGUGACGGAGCAAACUCACCACAUCAUCAUCCCGAGCUACGCCGCAUGGUUUGACUACAACAGUGUUCACGCCAUCGAGCGCCGGGCCCUGCCAGAAUUCUUCAAUGGCAAGAACAAAUCCAAAACGCCCGAGAUAUACCUGGCGUACAGGAACUUCAUGAUUGACACCUACAGAUUAAACCCUCAAGAGUAUCUGACCUCCACUGCCUGCCGCAGGAAUCUGGCAGGAGACGUGUGCGCCAUCAUGAGAGUCCACGCCUUCCUGGAGCAGUGGGGUCUGAUCAACUACCAGGUGGACUCAGAGAGCCGGCCGACGCCGAUGGGCCCUCCACCCACCUCCCACUUCCACGUCCUGGCAGACACUCCUUCCAGUCUGGUGCCGCUGCAGCCCAAAGCAUCGCAGACGCCGGGCAGCCAGCCCAUGAUGCCCUUCCCUGAUAAAGUCAAAGACAAGCCAGCAGAUCUGCAGAACUUUGGCCUGAGGACGGACAUGUACAGCAAGAAAACCGGCUCCACGAAGAGCAAGAACGCAGCAAGUUCCAUGAGAGACUGGACGGAACAGGAGACGCUUCUACUGCUGGAGGGCUUGGAGAUGUACAAGGACGACUGGAACAAAGUGUCGGAGCACGUGGGCAGUCGCACGCAGGAUGAGUGCAUUCUUCACUUCUUGCGGCUGCCCAUUGAAGACCCCUACCUAGAAGAUACCUCCUCCACUCUGGGGCCGCUGGCCUACCAGCCGGUACCGUUCAGUCAAGCAGGGAACCCCGUCAUGAGCACCGUCGCGUUCCUGGCCUCGGUCGUGGACCCGCGCGUGGCCUCAGCCGCGGCCAAGUCUGCCCUGGAGGAGUUCUCCAGGAUGAAGGAGGAGGUUCCUGCAGCUCUGGUGGAGGCUCACGUGCGGCGGGUGGAGGAGGCGGCCAGGGUCAGCGGACGACACGAUCCACUCUAUGGGCUGGAGGGAAGUGGCAUCGCCGGGACUGGUCUGGAGGACGGAGAACGACCAGAAGAAAGCAGCGAGGAAGCGAAGAACGACAGUCAGGCCGGCGAGGAGAAGGAGGCGAAGGAGAGCAAAGAAGCAGCCGUGGAAGAGGAGGAGAAGCAGACGGAGAACGGGAAGAAAGAAGAGGAGCGAGGAAGAGACUCGGAAGGGGAGAAGGACGCAGAAAAACCAGAGUCAGAGACGGGUAUGGAGCACGGUGAAGGGGAGAAGGAGAAAGAUGGGAAAGAGGAGUCCGCAGAAGGACAGAGGGAGGCCGACAACGACGGAGAACGAAAGGCAAAGGUGGAGCGUGAGGUGGGAGAGGGCAACCUGGCCACCGCCGCCGCGUCCGCACUCGCUGCUGCCGCCGUCAAAGCCAAGCAUCUGGCUGCUGUGGAGGAGCGGAAGAUCAAGUCUCUGGUGGCUCUGCUGGUGGAAACACAGAUGAAGAAACUGGAGAUCAAACUGCGACACUUUGAAGAACUGGAAACCAUCAUGGACCGGGAGAGGGAAGCUCUGGAGUACCAGCGACAGCAGCUGCUGGCCGACCGUCAGUCAUUCCACAUGGAGCAGCUCAAGUACGCCGAGAUGCGAGCUCGCCAGCAGCACUUCCAGCAGAUCCAGCACCAGCAGCACAGCCAGGCAGGGGGCGCUCACGCCAGCCAGGCUUCUUCAGGCCACGCCCUCCAGGGCCCCUCCGCAGGUCAGCAAGUUCAGUCCACACCAGCACCGCAGCCGGCCCCGAGUCCCGCUCCCCCAACCUCAGCCGCCGCAGCCGCGGACUCCCAACCACCAGCGGGGGCCCACGCCUCCCCCCCGGGCCACGCCCCCCCUGCCCACUCUGGUGCCAGUUCAGCUCACCACGAGCCCAGCUCCGGGGACUCGCUGCACCCGUCGGCUGCAGCUCCAGCGCCACAGUGAAUCUGAAAGACUUGAACUCCACCUGUUAUCAUCUGGACCCAUUUAUUUCACGUCUUCUUUUCUCCGCCGGGACAUUAGAGAAAGACAAGAAUCUAUGAUUGGAGCCCUUUUGAAAAGAACAAACAAAAAAACAAGAAUUGCCAGCUAAGAUUACCAUCCGCAGGAAGGAGGACGCCGUCUUUUGUACGCCGUCGCAUUGGUUGGACUGAAGGUACUCAUUGAUGUGAAGAGAAAGAAAUGCACUUUUAAUCUUUCCCCGAGUCUGUGGACGGCGGUGAAGUUGAACCUGAGCACUUAUUUUGUCUUGAAAGCGCUUUCAGACUGAGGGAGAUUUCUUUAAAAACAGGGUCAGACAGUGGCUGAAGCGUCACCGGAAACAUCCACCAUUGAUCAAAUCUUCUUCUACGUGUUGGAUUAUGGGAUGGCGUCAGUGUAGUUUCUAGCUGUGAGGAAUGUAGAACUGAAUCUAACAGAGUGAAGAUCGUCUUCUGUGUUAACCAAAAUUCUCUUUUCUCUCAUGUAUCUGGUGAGUUCUGUCUCAAGUGUUUUUGCACCUUUGAAGAAGAGUUGCGUCCGUCAUAUCCGCAGCCUCAUCUUUCCUAUCGAUUUUUUAUAUUUUUUUACGACAUUU